GUGAGUCGCGCGGCUUUCAUUACCGAGAAAACACAAUCAUAUAGAAGCUCUCAAUCUUGUUUGCUUCUGUACAGUUUAACUAUGAUUACUGUAAUGGAUCACUCCUCUUUAGUUAUCUUUCUCUUUCUAUUGAUCAAACCUAUUGUUUCUCGAGAGCGCGUGGAAAAUGUCGGAGAGGUUUCAGGACCCUGCGGCGGAGACAAUUCCGGGUACACCAGUUAUUCGGGAAGUGAGAACCGGAUCCGGGUCAGAGAAUUUCAACCCGGUGAGUACAAGGAGAGGAGACGUGAGAGCUCAAGUCGACAUUUCCCCACCUUUAGUUGGUGGUCAUGGGUCUUGGGUUCCAUUUAACCUUGAAGACAAUUUCGAGAGAGUGAGAGAAUUUGACAUAAAGAGAAUGAAAGAACAGACUGCGGAGAUUGAGAAGGAUCUGAUUAUGAAGGAGUUAGAAACUCUUGAUUUUCUAGAAGCACUUGCAUCAACCAAAAGCAUCGUCGAAGAUUUUAAGCGGCAGCUCCAGCAACAAGCAAUGAGAUGCAUGGAGACCCCUCAACAUUGUCGUUCACACAUCAAAGAGAUGAUAGAUGAACGCUGCCAUCGUAAUCCUCAGAAGUCUCCAGAUCUGAUCCACAUGGAAUUGAAGCAAGCCAGUCUGAAUCUUGUUAAAACAAUGGAUAAUCUUGCAUUGAUCCAGUCCUAUGCUGAAUCUCUGAAUAUGAAAACAAAGCAAGAGAAAGAUUUCCUUGGAGCGGCGUCUCUAGCGGAGGAGCUUAACAGUCUGAAGUUAAAACCACAGGGUCCUGAUCAAGGAGACAGGUUCAAUACGGAGAAAUUUCCCAUGAACCCACAAUGUGAACAGGUUAAGAUGGUAGUUGAAACCAAUGAUACCGCUUACCAUAAACAGAGCAAGGCUUGUCUAAGAACUGCAGAAAUGAGACUGGUUGCUGCAAGAAAAAUGGAAGAGGCUGCAAGAGCAGCGGAAGCACUUGCAAUUGCUGAAAUGGCCAUGUUAUCCAGUGGGAAAAACCAAGACGAUCUCUGCUUCUCAAAGCAACCAAGUUCUCCGUUAACACUUAAAGCACAGAUGAACAAAGAAUUAUCCACCAAUGUCACAAGCAUAGAGAUCUUGAGAAAGCUGGAGGAAGCCAAUGAAGAAGUUAAGCAAAGUAAACAAGCCUUGGAAACUGCAUUAAACCGGGUAGAAAUCGCCAGUGGGAAGCAACUUGAAGCAGAAGAUGCGGUUCGCAAGUGGAACAUAGAAUCAUGGAAAGACCAGAAAGCUAUUGGAGCAAAACGCACGACGAAAAGAGAUAGCUUCUCUCAAGGCUCUUUCUUGAGCCAUGUGAGCCAGCACGAGCCACAAAUCUAUCUCCCAGAGCCAAUGCUAAAACGAAACGUAUCAACGGGCAAUGUUCUAACCCGGAAACAAGUCCCUACUAUCGAUGAGAAUCAGUUAGUGACGCCAAGGAGAAGGUUUAGGUUUAUACACACACAUCAAGCUUCCAUUGGAGAAACAGAGUAAGCUAAAAAACCCAGCCUUUGAUAACAUGUUUUUCCCAUUUCUGUUUGUGUUUUUUUUUUUCUUUCUUGGUUUGAUCAUUGAUGCGUGUUGUUGCUUCUAUCAUAAACAAACCCAGAUGAUUAGAGUGGAACGUGUUGUUUUGAUUGAUUUGACUCAAAUGUGACGAAAAGAUUAAGCUU